GCCCCUGGAGCUCAAAGUUGGAGCCCGUUAUAGUCCCUUGGAAGACUGGGCCAGCGGCUUCCCAGUAGGUGGAUGUUUAGAGGGCGUCACCCAAAGAUAAGCCCAUGGACGCUCCUAGCCUGGUCAGAGAAGCCCCCAAAGCGACCCAAGGUGCUGUGCCUGCUUGCAUGACCUAUUUUCUAGCUCCAAACAGCUAGCAUUACCUGUUCUGAACAUCUGGCAUUACCUGCCUGCUUAGUCACCUUGCCUCUGGCUUCCAACAGCUGUAGGGCCCCACCCUCUCCCCGUCUCCUUCCAUCUGGGGUCCCUCCCUCUCCUUUUUUUCCCUGUAAGGAUCUGGAGGCACCAGAUCCACAAGUUCUGAUGUCUUUAAAAGCAUCAGCCUGGGCAGUAAGGCUCAUUUGGGAGCUGUGACAGUCACCUGGAGUCUGGUGAAAGUCCAACAGCCAACCCCUUUCAGCCUCCAACUGGACACCAUGAGGGCCUGUGUACCCCUGCUAGUGGCCAUGCUCUGUGGCCUGGCCUGGGCUGACAGAACGGAAUCAUGCGCAUCUCGCUGUUAUGAGAAAUUUGACCGGGACGCUGCCUGCCAGUGUGACCGCCGGUGUCCCCAGCACGGGGACUGCUGUGAAGACUAUGAGUACCUGUGUAUCGCUGAAGAGGACUCCGAAGAGCCAGAGCGAUUCUUGGAGCUGGAGGAAGAGACGGAGGGGGCCCCCGUGGGCAACUUGUACUCGGCACCCAACUCCUGCCAGGGCCGCUGCCAGGAGGCCUUCCACAAGCACCACCCGUGCCACUGCAAUGCCCGCUGCCAAGAGUUUGGGAACUGCUGUGAGGACUUCGAGAGCCUAUGUGGCCACGAGGGCUUCUCCCGCAGCAGUGAUGCCAUAACCAAGGAGGAGCUGCAGGGCAUCUCUGAGAAGAUCUACAGGGCAGAUACCAACAAAGCCCAGAAGGAAGACAUCGUUCUCAACAGCCAGAAAUGUAUCUCGCCCUCAGAGACCAGAGACCAAGUGGACUGCUCCCCAGAGCCGCUCUUCACAUACGUCAAUGAGAAGCUCUUCUCCAAGCCAACCUAUGCAGCCUUCAUCAACCUCCUCAACAACUACCAGCGGGACACGGGCCGCGGGGAGCACUUCACAGCCCAGCAGCUGGCCGAGCAGGACACCUUCCUCAGAGAGGUCAUGAAGACGGCUGUCAUGAAGGAGCUGUAUGGCUUUCUCCAUCAGCAGAACCGCUACAGCUCGGAACGAGAGUUUGUCAGCGACUUGAAGAACAUGUGGUUUGGGCUGUAUUCAAGAGGCAGUGAAGAGGGGGACUCAAGUGGCUUUGAACACGUCUUCUCAGGAGAAGUCAAAAAAGGCAAGGUCACUGGCUUCCAUAAUUGGAUCCGCUUUUACACACAGGAGAAGGCAGGCCUGGUUGACUAUUACAGCCACAUCUAUGACGGGCCUUGGGAUUCUUACCCCGAUGUGCUGGCCAUGCAGUUCAGCUGGGACGGCUACUACAAGCAAGUGGGCUCAGCUUUCAUCGGCAGCAGCCCUGAGUUUGAGUUUGCGCUCUACUCCCUGUGCUUCAUCGCCAGGCCAGGCAAAGUGUGCCAAUUAAGCCUGGGCGGACAUCCCUUGGCCAUCCAGACCUACACCUGGGAGAAGUCAACCUAUGGGAACGGCAAGAAGUACAUCGCCACAGCCUACGUGGUGUCCUCCACCCAAUAGAGCUUUGAGCCAGGAAGGGGCAUGAGGGCAGUGAGGGCUCUUGUAGGACUGACGUGCUAUCUGCUCUGGGCUGGAGGGCGAGGGCAUGGAAGAGACAGGGAGGGAUUCCCAAAUCCAGAAAUGCCCAUAUGGGAGAGAGAGAAAAGAUACAAACUGGAGAAACAGUCAAAUCUUCGGCCUCUAGCAUUCUGGAAACAAGAGCCCAGACAGAAGCUGGGGACCCUUGAUAGCUCUUUGCCCUGAUGGGAGGUGGAACUGUGAAUAAGCCUUUGACCUCUCCAGGCCUCGUGUUUCCUUUUAAUGUAAACCGGUUUGUCCCAUUUCCUCUUUUGGGGGUUGGUGAAGGGGCAAACCUGAUGGUAUUCUUACUGUGAAGGUGUUUUCAAUUGUUCUUAGGAAGAACGGCUGACAGAAAUUCCAGAUGACUAUAAUGGCUGUUAUUGUACACAGCUCUGCAAACUGCAAUGCAGCCCUAUGCUGGGGCCUCAAAGAAACCAGGCCAUGGAGAUCGAGGAUGGGUAUUUGGUCUUUUCUAGUGUCAGGUCCUCUCAGAACAGGGUCCGGGAGAACUCCAGCGCUGGGUGGAGAGGUUAAUGGGUGGUGCAGUGAGUAGGCUGGAGAGGGAGUGGACUUCUCCAGGCCUGGGGUUUUCACAGUCAGCUCAGUAACUGCACCAAGAAGCCUGUAGAUAUUUAGUGCAGCUACAGAGCUGUGUUUUGAUCCCAAAUAGUUCGUGAAGGAGGUCUCCUCAGAGGAGGAAGAUUCUGCAUCAGAAGAAGAAAGGAACCUAUAGCUGGGUGUCACUAAUGUAAUUAUUUUAAGUCUUACUCAGCAGCCACAAUUUGCAUAAACUCUACAGCAGAAGACCAGGGAGACUGGGGCUCCCUAUUCCAACCUCGAUUAUGCAUUUCUUCCCUAACCCCAUUGGGAAUCAGAUACUGUCCCACAGAGCAAGGCUUGAACUACGGUUUAGAGGAUUUGAGUCUCCAAUU